CCCUGAUUGGCUCUGGAGCUUGGCCCGGAGCCUGCGCCCUGCUUCUCUAGGGGACUGCUCCAGGCCGUGGCCCUUUCUCCUCCGCUGGGCCACCGCGAUGACGCUCCCCAUCCUGGUCCUCCGACUGGUCGUGGGCAUCCUGGCAUUUCCCAUGUAUCUGCUGAACCUUUUAGGAGUGUGGAACUGGAUAUGCAAAAGGUGUUUUCCCUACUUCCUGUUGCGAUUUACGGUGAUUUACAACGAGCAGAUGGCGAGCAAAAAGAAGGAGCUCUUUAGCAACCUGCAGGAGUUCGCAGGCCCCUCGGGGAAGCUGUCGCUGCUGGAGGUGGGCUGCGGCACCGGGGCCAACUUCAAGUUCUAUCCCCCCGGGUGCAGGGUGACCUGUGUCGACCCCAACCCCAACUUCGAGAAGUUCUUGUUCAAGAGCGUCUCAGAGAACCGGCAGCUGCAGUUCGAGCGCUUCGUGGUGGCGGCCGGCGAGAACAUGCACCAAGUGGCCGAUGGCUCUAUGGACGCGGUGGUCUGCACCCUGGUGCUGUGCUCGGUGGAGAACCAAGGAAAGAUUCUGCGCGAGGUGUGCCGUGUGCUGAGGCCGGGAGGGGCUUUUUACUUCAUGGAGCACGUGGCGGAUAAGCCAUCCACCUGGAACUACUUCUGGCAACAGGUUCUGGAUCCUGCCUGGUACCUUCUGUUUGAUGGAUGCAAUCUAACGAGGGAGAGCUGGAAGACCUUGGAGCAGGCCGGUUUCUCGAAGCUGAAGCUGCAGCAUAUCCAGGCUCCGCUGUCCUGGACUUUGGUGCGGCCCCACAUCUAUGGGUACGCUGUGAAAUAGUGGGAGGUGGCAGGAGAGACUUGAACGGCUGCAACGGUUCACGGCUUCAGUUUUAGGUGUAAAAUUCUAACUGGGAGAGGUGAAGUCCAAUUCAUCCUCGCAGGUUUCUGUUUAACCAUUUUCUAUAGUAUCUCCCACCAAAUCAGAGCAGCUUUGAACUCCCCUUCAGAGGGACCAGUGGUCUUUGAUUAAUCAUUGAUAAUGAAGCAGAGGGAAACUAAUAGCUUGCAAACCAAAUAAAUAAAUAUCAGCUAAGUGAAAA